AUGCUGGUGAUCCCCUAUUCCGUCUCGUUACGCAUCGAGCCUCCAUCUGCGGCUCUAGGCCAGACUUCCAAGAUGACUGUCGAGUACGAAUGCGGCUUCAGCAUCUACCCUCCUCUCCCCCCAACACCCUCCAACCAAACCCUCUACGCUCUGUUCCUCGCCCGCCUCAGAACCACAUUCUCCUCCCAAGUCCAUCCCUCCACCUCCAAACCACUCCUCAUAACCGACGACGACACCGCCUUCUACUACUUCACGCUCCCCAAGUACCCUAAAAUCCCUGCCAAUCCUGAACAUUGCAACUUCUUCCUAAGUUUCCGCCUUGGCUUCGGAAACGGUGGUUUACCACGCGAAGUGGCUGUUUCUCAUGUCCUCGAGGUACUCGUUAUUGCGAAAGAGUAUUUUGGGGAGAGGGUUAGAUGUCGAGGAGGCGGAGAAGGAGGUGAAGAAGUUGUGCAGGAGUAUGGACUUCAAAGUCGCAGUGAUGGAGACGGUGGUGGAAACACUGGAGGAAAAUAA